GUCCUAUCCUACGUGGCCCAAUUGGAAGACCUUCCCCCAGGAUGGGAAGACCUGGAGGCCAGAUGCAUGAAGAACUUGGUGCGCUGCCCAGGGAACGGCCCCCUUAUUAAUGUUGCUGCCAUACUUGGAUUUGACGAGGAUGCCGAAGUCUUCGCCAGCGCGUCAUUCAUGGCCAAGGCAGCGAAAUUCCGGAUCGUCGCCAGGGAGGCCGGCUCCACGGGCGGGCUAUGGAUUGCGGCGCGGUCGCAGGCACUCCGCUGGCUGGAGAGAAACUCUGACAAUAUAAUCCGGGUGGCACAGUGGCGGCCAUGAUUUGACGGCAGCAUUCUCCACACCUUGUCGCGCGCAGUUGAGGACCUCAGCACUCACGGCAUUUCUGCCGCCUCCCUGGAACACCAUCUGGGCGGACCUCGGCCGUGGACGAGGCCUGCAGCGCGCCGGGUGCAGCGCGGGCUGCAGAGAGCCGCUGUGCGGGCACAGCUCGACACGUUGCCCCCAGAACCGCCGAGUUACAGCCAAUCCUUCGGCGAGUGGCUGACCGCUGGCGGCUCAACGUGCUCCCCGGCCGACGGGUCGCACUGUUUGUGGCCGCAGUGUCCUGGUUGCGCGGGCGCUCACAACCGAGGGUGGUCGCAGCCAUGCCUCGCACAUUCACUAUCUGCUGGAUGUCGGAGACGGAUGCAGAACCGCCACGCUCAAUGCAUGACGGGGUGCGACCAAGAAGAUUCGAUCCAGCACUACGCCACGUACCCGCACAUCAUGGCGUUCGGCGCGUCAAAUCUAUGGAUCCAGCCGCUGUCGCCGGAUGAUCGCUUAGCCGGCUUCCUGGGCGUCCUGCGCGCGAAGUUGGACGAACACCAACAUGAAGUGCUGCGACGGGCCCUGCUGACGACGGCCGCGUAUAAGCUGAACGGCUGGUGGCGACACCAGCCUGGCCCGCGCAUGGGGCUGGCAUCGAUGCUCCGUGCUUUGCGGAUCCAGCUCAGGGAAGUGAUGGCGGCCGACUGGAACCAACACAACGGCCCCGUCGAGGAUGAGUUGUAGGGUGCCACGGGUCCGCAUGGGCGGCCGAUUUUGUUUUAGCUGCUUUGUGGUCUCUCCUCCUGCUCCUCCGCUUCUUCCUCCUCCUCCUCCUCUGCCCGCCGGCCCCCGGCCACCUAGCCGCGGCGCGCUUUUUCGGGAACGCCCAGGGUGGCACAUUUCCGCAGGACGCAGCGAGUGGGCGAGCGUACGCCUCCCCUGAGGGCCGCUUUUGCGGGAACCGUUUUCCGGUCACCUGGGGGCCGCUUGGGCGGGAAACGUUUUCCGGUCACCUGAGGGCCGCUUAGGCGGGACCGUUUUCCGGUCAUCUGAGGGCCGCUUGGGCCCUCCUUUUCUUUCUCUCUCUUUCUCUCUCUCUCUCUCUCUCGUCGUCAUCCCUCCUCCUUCCCCUGGCAUGCGAAUGGUCCCGCGUCCUGGCCGGGCGGAGGUAUGGCCCCGCGGUUCCGCGGGCGCCGUCCCGCCUCCGGACGCUUCGAGUGGGCGAGCGUUCGCCUCCCCUGCCUCUUCGUCGUCCUCGUCGUCCUCGUCCGUCUCGUCGUCCUCCCUCUUCUUCCCCUUUGCAUGCGAAUGAUCUCGCGUCCUGGCCAGGCGGAGGUAUGGCCCCGCGGUUCCGCGGGCGCCGUCCCGCCGCCGGACGCCUCGAGUGGGCGAGCGUUCGCCUCCCCUGCCUCUUCGUCGUCCUUCCCUCCCUCGUCUGCUCCCCCGCCCGUUCCCCAAGCUUGGGAAUUGGCGAUUUUCGCCGUCUGCGUGUGCGCGCGGCGCACGCCCACGGUGUUGCUACCGCGGUCGGCCAACCCCAGGGCCCCGACGCUCUGGGUUUGCCUCAUCUGCCGUGCUUUGGCCUGCGUGCCCACUCCGCCAAAGGGCGUUGGGUCCUGGAUGCACCUUUCCC